ACUUAUGCACUUCUCUAACUAAAGAAAUCAAAGUUUCAUUACAUAUUUGUAUGAUUGACAUUUGUAAGGAUUAAUAAUCAAACUUAUACAAUGUUCACGAAUGUCAGUGUUUGUCAACAUUUGUAUACACAGCAUUUUAAAGUUCUUUGUUCCAUUAGAUCACAAAUAUUGUUGAGACAGAAUUCUUGGAAAUGUUCUGACGCAGUCCUGCUGGUCGUCGUCGUUUUAAAGUUAUUUUUUUGGUCAUUGUGUUGAGAGAGUUGAAAAUGAACGGGACAAAUCCUAAGGAAGAAAAUAACAACCAGACGCUGGUUUCACUGUCACCUAGAUCAACCAACUCUGAUUCUUUGACAAGUGAAACUCUAGAUUUAACUGUACAGAAUGCCUCCGCAAUGCAGGGAAUAUUUCUCCAGGGAACCUUACCAGACACAAGUCCUACUUUCCAACAUUUCCGCACUGCUGAAGUGAGAGGUUUCUAUGUAGAACGACCUGAAAGCUAUGCCAACCACUUCAACCGACGCAUGUCUUACCCUACACCGUCACCUUGGGGUCAAGAAAAGGUCAUUAAAGAGCUACAGGAUCAGCUUCAACGAAUUGAGCUUAAGCAUCAAAAUGAUCUGAAAGAUAUAGAAACUAAACACAAAAUAGAUCAAAUGAAGCUUGAAAAUAGCUACAAAGACAAACUACGUGAGUUGGAGAAGGGAUGCUUAAUUAAAGAUUAUGAACAUCGCGAUGAAAUAAAAGAUGUCAAACGACAACUUGAGAUCCAGAAAACAGACUUUGAUUUUCAAAUCAAUGAACUGAAUCAUAAAUAUUCUCUAGAAGUACGCACGCUAGAAGAGUCGAUCAAAUCAUUAGAAGAACAAUUAAAAUGCAAAGACUUAGAGCAUCAAUUAAAUGUGCAAGUUCUGGAAAACAAUUUGUUGUCCCAAAAAAUAGAAGAGAUAAAAGGCAAAGGUAAAAUUAAACCAAAACGAAAAAGUAAAUCUUAGAAACAGUCACGCUGCAGUCAUGCUUAAGUCAUGUUUAAGUCAUGUGCAACCUUUUUGCAACCAGUCAACUUGAAACAAAGAAACAUUGUGUAGGACUCGAAAACAUUCAUUAGGACUUUUGAAAAAAAAAAAACAACAACUUUGUCUCUGUUUACUAUUGGUAGGAAAUAUUGGACACUAACAUUCAAAAGUGUUUGCAGACCUUAAAAAAAAGAAGUGUAAAAAUAAUAUAAACUAAACUUUGAAAAUAAAGCAAAAAAAAAGCUG